AUUUAUUACAGGAGUUUGAUUAUCAGAAACGUUACGUUAAGUGAUUCCGGGUAUUAUAUCUGUCAAAUCAAUACUUCGCCCCCAAAAAGAUUACUCAAAUUCUUGAGUAUUUUUGUUCCCCUUCAAUUCGAUAAAAUGCAAUCAAUGGAAAGCGAUUCUGUGGUCAAAGUCCGAGAGUCACAAAAUGUUAGCCUCACGUGUAAAGCGACCGGAAAUCCUAAGCCGUCAAUAAUUUGGCGUAAACAAGACGGUCAGCCGCUCCCCAUCGACACUAACACUAACCAAAUAAUAGAAUCGGUUGAAUCAGAAGUAUUGCAUUUGACAGAAGUGAGUCGUAUGGCAAUCGGUUACUAUGUGUGCAUCGCUUCCAACCAAAUCAAUCCAUCGAUCAGAAGGAAUAUAUACCUAGAAGUCGAGUUUCCGCCGACGAUAACGGUUCCCAACAAAAUGGUCUUGUCUUAUGUCAGACAUAACAUAACUCUCGAGUGUAUCACAGAAUCCAAUCCUAAAGCUCAACAUUUUUGGAUGGAUUCGUUGGGCAAUCAAAUCAUAGAUUUAAACAAAUCAAACAAAUAUUCUGUUAAAACUGUUGAUACGAAUGGUUUUAAAACUUUAGAGACGCCGGAAAAUAUGUUUGCCUUUCAAAUAACCGAUUGGGAGCCAUAA